AUGAAUAAGAAUAAAUAUGGUAAUAAUUAUCACGAUCUAAAGAUGUCUUCAGAUAGCAUAUCUACAUCGAAAGAGAAGUCAUGUUCAGUGGCCACAUUAAGUGAUUUUCACUCCAGAACAAAUCUUACCGAAAAGGGCCAACAAAUCGAUGAAUAUGAUCCCUUUGCCAAUCGUGAUCAGGAGGGUGGCGCCUCAACAAGUGGUGCCUUGGCCCAUUUACUAAAAUCUUCAUUGGGUACGGGUAUCUUGGCUAUGCCCUUGGCCUUUUAUAAUGCUGGUCUAUUAUUUGGUUUAAUUGGCACAAUUGUUGUGGGUUUCCUGUGUACCUAUUGUGUACAUAUUUUGGUUAAAACAUCCCAUGAUAUUUGCAAAGAUGCCAAAGUACCAUAUUUGGGUUUUGCUGAAACCGCUGAGAAAGUAUUUGAAUAUGGCCCCAAAGCCUUGAGACCAUGGUCAAAUUUUGCAAAACAAUUUGUUGAUGGAUCUCUGAUGGCGACAUAUUACGCCGCCGCCUGUGUUUAUAUUGUCUUCAUUGCUACCUCAUUCCACGAUGUUAUCAAUUAUGAUUUGGGCCUUAACUGGGAUGUACGCAUUUACAUUGCCCUAACCCUGAUACCCUGCCUGUUUAUUGGACAAAUUCGUAAUUUAAAAUGGCUGGUACCCUUUUCGGCAAUGGCUAAUGUCUUUAUUGUGGUGACAUUCGGAAUUACCCUUUAUUAUAUGUUCAGUGAACCAUUGGUGUUCAGUGAUAAACCAUUGGUGGCUAAGGUGACACAGAUUCCAUUGUUCUUUGCCACGGUCAUUUUUGCCAUGGAAGGUAUUGGUGUAGUUAUGCCAGUGGAAAAUUCCAUGAAGAAACCACAACAUUUCUUGGGUUGCCCGGGUGUUUUAAAUACGGCCAUGAUAACCGUGGUGUCGCUGUACGCCAUUAUUGGUUUCUUUGGUUAUGUGCGUUAUGGUGAUAUUGUGCGCGGUAGCGUUACAUUGAAUUUACCCGAUGGUGCACCAUUGGCCGAUGCUGCCAAAUUGUUAAUGGCCAUUGCCAUUCUCUUUACCUAUGGCCUGCAGUUCUAUGUGCCCAACGAUAUUCUGUGGAAGAAAAUCAAUCAUAAAUUCGAUCCCAAAAAUCACAAUAGAACACAAAUUCUGCUUAGAACGGGUAUUAUUUUAAUAAGUGGUGGUAUUGCUGCUGCCAUACCAAAUUUGGAACCCUUCAUCAGUUUGGUGGGUGCUGUAUUCUUCUCACUGCUGGGCAUCUUUGUGCCCAGUUUUGUAGAAUCGGUGUAUUUGUGGCCCAAUAUGGGUUUCGCCAAAUGGAAGCUAAUCAAAAACGUUUUGUUGUGCAUCUUGGCCAUUUGUGCCUUGGUGGCCGGUGCCACAGUCAGUAUUGAAGAAAUCAUUGACAUGUAUAAAUAAUUUCAAGAAAAUAAUUAUACAAUCC